AUGAGUUCAAGAUUUGUUGCAGACAUUACUCAGGAAACAUUGACAGAGUUGGAACAAAACCGUGCCCAUAUUGAAAAUGAAUGGAAGGAUUUCAAUGAAAAACGUAAAGAUUGGGAAUUCCAACUUGAAAAAAGACAAGAUGAAAUCCCAAGAUUGGAAUUGGCCUUAACAAAAUCUGAAAUGGAUUUACAAUCUUGUAUAAAACGUUUUGCUGAUGUUGAGAAACGUGUAAAUCAAUUAUGCCAACAAAAUAGACCAAAUCUAGAAGAUCAUCAACAAAUGCAAGAACUUCAAAUAACAAUAGAUAAUUUUAAUAGAGACAUAGAACAAUUAAAGGAAAAUUAUUCAACGCCAAUAGAAAAUGAUAUAAAAUAUUUACAAGAUCAAAUUAUGGAAGUUGGUGGUGGUAGACUUCGUGCACAGAAAGCUAUAGUCGAUGGAAUUAGAUCAGAAAUAGAUCGACUUACUGAGCAUGUUACAACCUUGAUGGUGACCAAAUCAAAAUCUGAGAAAGAUUUAACUAAAUUGGAAAAUUCUUUGACAAAUUGUGAGAAUGAAAUCGAAGAAAUUAACAAUCAGAUAAAUCAACUUGGAGAAGAAAUUGAACAAAAUAAUGAAAGUGCUAGUUCUAUUAACUCAAAAGCUGAAAAGUCAAAAAAUGAUUUAGAAAAUAAAAAAGAUGAAUUAGACGAAAUCAAAGCUCAACUUGAUGACAAAAAUGAAAUAUUUAAUCAGAUGAGAUCUGUUGAAAUGGAAAUAAAAAAUAAAUUGGAAGAUAUUGAACAUAAUUUAGCAGGAAAUCAACAAAAACAAAGACAUUGGAAUGAACUGCUUGAAAAAUUGUCGCUUCAUAAAAUUGGAAGCGAUGAUGACAUGCAAGAAGAUGAACUGCAAUUCUAUUCUGAUGAUGAAUUAAUGGCAAUUAACAAAAAAGAUUUGAUUAAUGAAAUCAAUAAAUUACAAGAAAAAGUACAAAACGCGAACCCAAAUCUUGAUGUGUUAAUUGAAUAUCAUCGUUAUGAAGAGGAAUAUAAAGCGCGGACAAAAGAACUUGAAGAGAUAACAGAAAUACGUGAUGGUUGUAAAAGAGAAUAUGACGAGUUACGCAAAAGAAGAUUAGACGAAUUCAUGUGUGGAUUCACAUUUAUAUCAAAAAAAUUAAAAGAAAUGUAUCAGUUGAUGACACUUGGUGGAAAUGCAGAACUCGAAUGUUGUGAUAGCUUGGAUCCUUUUUCUGAAGGUAUUAUAUUUAGUGUUAUGCCACCAAGAAAAAGUUGGAAAAACAUAUCAAAUUUAUCUGGUGGUGAAAAGACAUUAAGUUCUUUAGCAUUGAUAUUUGCACUUCAUCAUUAUAAACCAACACCAAUAUAUGUUAUGGAUGAAAUUGAUGCAGCUUUGGACUUUCGAAAUGUCUCAAUUGUAGCAAAUUAUAUCAAGGAGCGUACCAAAGAUGCACAAUUUAUUGUUGUUAGUUUACGUAACAAUAUGUUUGAAUUGGCUGAUCGUUUGGUUGGAAUAUAUAAAACCAAAAAUAUGGUAAAAUUCAACAAAAUCUAUAACAAUAUCACCAAAUGA